UGGCAGGGAGCAGAACUCAGGAUUCUUCUUUCUCACUCUCAAAAACAUUUUUUAUUGUUUCUCUGAAAAAUAAUAACUGCUUUAGUCUGAAGGAGAGUAAGUCUUCUUUCAUAAACUUGAUGGUUUGGGCACUUGGUUUAUAUUUGGGGGUUUCAGUCUUGUCAGGCAAAGGAAGGGAUAGUGACAAGUUCCCGUGGGGUUUGGUCAGAGCUCUAAUUAUUGUACAGAAAGUAGCAGCAAAAGUCAGUACUGCUAUCUUUUAAAGUAAUUUAGGUAUAUUUUGUAGAGGAUUCUGGGCUGAGGCACCCAAAGCAAGAACUAAAGACCCCUGAUUGCACAUGCUAAGCACUUCAUCACCAUGGUCUUUAGUAUUUUUCUACUGACUAGCCCUUGAUAGCUCUCAUGAGCUUAUCUUUAAGGAUCCAAAUCAAUUGGCAUCUAAUUGUACCCACCCAUGCAUAAGUGUGCAGAACCUGUGUGUAUGUUCCAGAUUCCAUUCCAGGAGCUGGUUGCAGGUAGAUCAGCAGUGCUGUGCAGUUCAAACACACAGCAUCGGUCUCUCUUGCAAGAGAACUGGGAGGUACAUCCCACCCACAGAUUAAUUCUGUGUGGGAAUUUGGCCUUAUGUCUAUCCAUCUUGGCCUGAUUUUAAUGAAAUGAAAUCAAAGAAGUAAAACUCCUGUGAGUAAUCUAGUAGGUCACAGUUAUAGGACCAACAGCAAAGUGUACCAGCAGCAUUUCUGCCAUGGCAAGCUGAUUCCUUUCCUUCUUUCAGAUUAAGGCUGUCAUGCUGGAGGCUUUGCUCUGCUAUCUGAUCUGGCUGUCUUAGCUCUUACAUCUUUGCUACAUUGCCAGCUGCCAGAUAAACCUGCCCUCAAAGUCAGCUUUUGCCAUGUUUAGCACUGUGGCUGGUCUCUCUGUAUUUGAAUCCAGUCCAAAGUCUGUGUAGAGACAAUGUCUGCAGGAACCUGGAAUUUUCUUGAAAUCAAACUGCCUGUAAUAUAAUUUUUACUUGCAGCUAGAAUGACUGUAAACCUUAAGUUUGAAGAAGUAUCUGGGCAAAGAAACCAUAUAUGAGUUCCAAAAAUGAGAAGGGUGCCAUUCAUUCCAUAUCUAAAGGACUUCUGCCUUUCUUAGCAUCACUUACUUAAUUUGUCAAUAAACCAGUAAAACUCUUCAGUAUCUAAAAGUGGGACUUUUUUUCUUUUAAGUACCAGAUCUAGAGAUUGUCUAGGGAAAAAAGCAUUUUCAUUAUUGUCUACUCUUUUACUUUCUUUUCCUAGGUAUAAGUCUCAGAAAAAUUGGACUGUUUGCUUCCCUUUGAAGUCUGUUGUUUCCUCUCACGUUCAGUCUUUCUCAAGCACAAUGGUGACAUAUUUUGGCAGAUUUAUGGUGCUUUGGGCUCUUCAAUCUCUAUGCCCUUUAUAUAAUGAUAUAAAAGCAAAAUCCAGUUUUAUCUUAGAGCAGGAAUUUAAUUUCCUCCAAAAGUUGCCCCAUCUUCUGUAUUAAAUGCAAUACAGAGCAGGUGUGUUGGCAGGGUGCAGUACAUUUAUGGAGAUCAAGUGCUGUUCUGGAAUUCAGAACCAAGGCUGACUCGAUACUUCCAUUUUCAAAAAUCUGUCUAAACAAAUUUGCUUGUUUGCUUGACUUGGCUUCUCAGUGGAUAAUCUCCUCCUUCUUUGUUAGUACCAACAUUACCACAGUGUUUGUAGAGACUUUGAAUAUGUUUGCAAUUUGUUGACAAUACAGUUUAAUACUGAAAAGCAUUUCUGCAGUCAACAUUACCACAUUACAGCACAUUACACAUUAAUGCUUAAAUGAGGCUUUUAAUCAUCACAAGCUGAUGUUUUGCUUCAAGUCAGUGCUCCUGGUGUAUGGCAAUUUCCAGAAUUUAAGGUCAGAAAGGAUUUCUAGAUCAACUAGUCUGCUCCUGUCUAGUUUUAUUUACCCUUGCUUCCCAGAUGCCUUCCAGCAAGGCACAUAUUCAAGAUCCCUUUCAUCACGUUAGAAUAAGGAUCUUCCUAUGUCACAUGAAAGGCCCAUGAAGAUCAGCAUCCUGCCUUCUACAUGAACCAGUAUUGACAGAAGUGUGUGGCAGGAUAAAAAUGUGUAUUUCUCCAUGGGAUACUUCUUUGUCUUUGAAUAUUUAUACGCUGACAGUUUUCUCACUCAGGAUCCUUCUAAGCUGAAUGCACUUUUGGGUUUCAUUCUGUAGAUUUCCUUGAGCCCAUCCUUCCCUCUCCCCAUCAAUUAUGGUAAAUUUUAAUUAACCACAAUAUGCUCUUAACAGUCUUUUUUUCCGCCUCAGCAGCAUAAACCUUUUGCUUUGUUUACACUUACACUUGGUUUGCUUAGGGUUUCUUCACCAGCCUAAGAAAGCCUUCAGCAUGCAGAAUUUUCAUGUGCCUACACUUGUGCAGAGUCAAGUCACAGAGCAAACAUACCAAGCCCUGAAGAAGUGUCAGCUCUGCCUUUCUCAGGCUGACUAAGGCUUGCUGUACUAGUUCUCCAGGCUACUAGCACAAACCACCUUUUCUCCAAAGCCAUGUGGAUGUUAGAGGGUUUCUAAGCUAGGUAUCACCUUUUUGCAUGGGAGCUGGUGUGCAUUUUGGAGACAGAGUAAGUAAGCCUUUGUCUGGUUUUAAAGUGCUGUUCUGAGUCUCUCACUAAAGUGGUUUUUUUAUGUCUCUGAAAUAAUUUGGUAUCUUUGUCUUCACAGAUUUUUAAAUGCUUCUUCCAAAAUGUAAAGCCUUGAGUGUACAUGCUUCCAUCCAUUCAACCACCAUGUUCCAUUGUAAACAUACUAAUGCUGUAGAGGAAAGGGGGAUUGCAUAUGAGGAACACUGAUGUGAAGAGAACUUCCUGAAGGUCAUGCAAAGUCAAAUUUAGCUAGCAGGGAAUCACCUUCCAGAAUAGACUGCAGCCUCAGCCUUCCACUGAAACAGUUGCACAAGGUGAUGGCCGGGCCGCGGCGGCCGGCAGCGCUCCGCACGGACCAGGCGCGGCGCCGGCGCAGGUAGCACGGCUCCAUGGAGGGCAGCGGCGCGGCCCCGGAGGAGGAGGAGAGCGGGGCUGCGAACGGCGCUCCCCCGCCGCCGCCGCCCACGCCCGCCGCCCCCUGCGGCUUCAGCUCCUCCCUCUGCUUCAGCGCCGCCGCUGCCGAGCCGCAGCCGCCCGCGGCCGGCGGCCGAGUGGUGCAGAACCAGUGGGAGAUCAACAACGCCGUCCGCCAGCCGGAGGAGGAGGAUGAGGAGGUGGUGGGACCACGGGACCGGCCGUCGGAGGAGCCCGACCUAGUGAUCGAGGUGUCGGGCCGCCGUAUUCGGGCGCACAAGUCGGUGCUGGCGGCCAAGAGUGACUACUUUCGUGCCCGCGCCUCACGGGACGUCCUGCGGGUGAAGGGGGUGAGCUACGGGGCGCUGCGGCUGCUCAUCGAUUACGUGUACACGGCCCGCAUGGGCGAGGUGCGGCACGACAACCUGGCCGAGGUGGUGAGCGGUGCCCGCGUCCUGCAGAUGCCCUGCGCCCUGCACUGUGCCGCCGAGGCCAUGCGCGCCCAGCUCUGCCUCGGCAACUGCUACCAGCUCCUCUGCCUGGCCAAGAAGCAGCGGCUGGCGGAGCUGCGGGAGGCUGCCUAUCGCUUCAUGAGCGACCAUUACCUGGAGGUGCUGCGGGAGCCCAGCGUUUACGGCCGCCUCAGUGGCGCUGAGCGGGACCUCAUCCUGCAGCAGCGCAUGGAUGCCGGCCGGCCCUGCUUGCUGGUGGCCGAGGUCAGCGACGCCUUCGAGCGGCCGGGUGGUGGCAGCCGGCCACAGAGCCGCGAGAGCAGUCGGCCACAGAGUCCCUCCUCCGUGGUGUCGCUGGAGGAGAGUGGCUCCCUCAUUCACUACUACCAGGAGGGCAGCGGUGAGUGGAGAGUGCUGACGCGCCUGCCCGAGGAGGCCAAUGCCAAGGGCUGUGCCAUGUGUGUCCUCCACAACUACCUCUUCCUUGCGGGGGGCAUUGUGACGGGGCCGCUGGGCAGUGAACCCAGGGCCCGCCUUUCCGACAAGGUCUUCUGCUACAACCCCCUGACUGACACCUGGAGCCAGGUGCGGCCGCUGGCUCAGCCCCGCUCGCAGCUCAAGCUGCUGGCCCUGGAUGGUUACCUCUAUGCUGUGGGUGGCGAGUGCCUCUUCACUGUGGAAAGGUAUGACCCGCGGUCCGACCGCUGGAGCCCUGUGGCACCUCUGCCCAAGGGUGCCUUUGCUGUGGCUCACGAGGCCACCACUUGCAACGGGGAGAUCUAUGUGUCAGGAGGCUCCCUCUUCUACCGCCUGCUCAAAUAUGACCCCAAGCGUGACGAGUGGCAGGAGUGCCCUUACAACAGCAGCCGCCGGCGCUCUUCUGACAUGGUGGCCUUCAAGAGCUUCAUCUACCGCUUUGAUGUGAGCAGUGGCCGUGGUGGGGAGCAGGGCCCAGGCGGCGGGACGAGCGGUGGCAUUGAAGUUUUCCGGUACAACACAGUGGCCAAGUGCUGGAGCCAGUGCGCCAGCCUGCGGCCCAGCGGCGGCCCCAUCCAGCCCUUCCGCUGUGCCCCCUUGGGCAACACCAUCUACUGCGUCAACCGGACCGGCACCCUUCGCUUCAGCCUAGCCCAGGACGGUGAGGUGGAAGCAGAUGGUGGGCUCAAGGGCACCUUUGAUGGGGAGCUUCUUAAAGCUCCCUUGGAUGCCAAGGGUGUCCUCCUACCCUUCGUGCUCACUCUGCCUGAGAGGGUGGACAAAACAGGGGACCAGGAGGGCUCCCUCCCACUGUAAGGGGGCCAGCCUGGCUCUGGCUUCCUGAGAGGGGAGUUGCGUUGCAGAUCCACAAACUAACAUCUACAGAGGAGACCCUCUCUAUUCUGUCUGCAGAGAAAAAGGACUUCCCCUUUCCUCCUCUCUGCUCUCAAGAUGUUGAGCUGGUUUUAACUCAAUUGUAACUCUUCUCAUGUUUGCUGGGCUUUGUGUGAAAAGCCAAGCACACAAAAGUAAAAGCUGCUAUAAAGGAUAAUCUCUAGAUUAUGUUUGUGCCAAUCCCCAAUCUGAGAAAAACAUUUUUAAACCUGGAUUUCCAAAAUAUUCUUGACAACAGUGUCAUAAUGGGACGUUAGUGUUGGUUGUGUGUUUACACGUAGUUGCAAUCUGGGUUGGAGACUUUGCUGUCCUUUGUGAUGUUUUUCCCCCCUGGAAUGAUACUGAGGGAUAAACAUUGCUAGCAACAUAGUUUAGCUGUAUUUGUUUUCAUGUUAAACCAACUAUUUCCUGUGUUUAAAAAGUAUAGGAAGAACAUCUCCAUCACAGCCUUUCAUUUCUGCUGCAAUAGAUGCUUUAAGGAAGCUGUGGCACUGUGUUAGUCCCAGGAAUUUCAACCACAGAUGAUUUAACAGAUACCAAAUUUAAUGUUUUAAGUAACACAAAUGUGAGCCACAUGUUUUACUUGGUAUGCAAAGAAAAAGAAAAAAAAAAGUGAAGCUACCUUUCUAAAAUGUGGCAUUUUAUGCUAGGUAUGAAAUGUUGAUAUGUUCUUUAAUUGAAAAAGGCAAUGGUUUCUCUAUGAAAAGAUACUCUUUUAUUAUUUCUCGUGAUACAGAGAUUUUGAAUUAAAAAUGAACUGAAGCUCUUCAGAUUGCAACCAGUUGACAUGACCAUGUAUGGCACUAGAGCUGGGGAAUAAGUUUGUACUUCAUAUGCUCUUUAAUUAACUGCAGGUCAAGGAAGGUUAACCUAAACCAACCUGUGGCAAAAGGCCUUUCCCUCUUAUUUUCAAGACCAUCAAAAGGGGACAUGGAAAAUAGGAAUGUGCUACACAUAUUGAUUAUAUUGUGCACUAGCAUGAUGUUACUUCUCCGUCUUUUGAUUGAGAGACUGCUUUAUUUAUUUUGAACUAAUGAUUGCUGUAAUCAAUAAGUCUUUGUUAAUUGCAGUACGUGCUGUUGGCGUACGCUGUCAUUGUGAUUCUAAACUGCCCAAGAGUGCUGUUUGUGGGGCAGCAUCCAAAUGAAUCAAAACCAUACAAAAAAAAUCUUCCUGCCUGUGGAAAGUUGGAGCACACUUUUUGUCAUGUUACUCAGAACAGGAAAACCUGAAAUGUCUACACAGACUAUAUUGAAAAGGGCACAUGCAUUUAUUUUAUAUAUUUUAUUUUUAAAAAAAAUCAGUAGGCAAGGCAAACGUUUUAGCUUUAUGGUAAAUCACUGAGAAACCUUUUCUGAAAAAAUAACCUGUGUUUUUGCUGUUACAUUGCUGUAUAUUCAGCAUGGAACUCGCAUGGACUGUGGAAGAGAACUAAUUCUUUAUACUCAAAGUUCUAGUAUAGAUUCAUAUUUUAGAAAGACAUAGGGACAUUGCAUCAAAAAAGCAGAUCUUUUUAUGUUUUAUUAAGAUGUUUUUGUUAAACAGGACUUUAGCAUUCUUACACAUAAUUGCUAGUUCCAAAGGAAGGCAGCAGGCUCUGUCCUAUGAGACACCAUCUGUACAAAACAGAAUAGUGAACUUAAUAGAUGCUUCUUUUCUUUUUAUUUGGGUUUUUUUUUUUCUCUUCUCAUUGUUUUUGCACAGGGUUUUAAUGCAGCUGAUCUGGUUAGUCAAUCUGUAGAAAACAGUGGUCCAGUCCUAGAAGUUCUUAGCCAAGUGAGGCUGUUCCCUAGUGAGCUAAUUAAAGCAUCAGCCAGGCAGGAGCUGUAGGCCUGCGGAGUGUGACAUUUAUCUUAGCCUCAGUACAGGCUGGUGCAGUGGAAUUUAACAUCCUUCACAGAGUAUUUGAUUUAAUUCUCAGAUGAGAAUCCUUGGAAAUAUUGACUCUAGAUUAAAUUACAGUACUGUAGUUUGAGCAGGAAAGAAAAAUUACAUGUUUGCUUUCAGCAUAAUUUUUAUGUUAACUGUAGAAAGUAUUUCAAGCUGUGUAAUGCAAGGCCUAGGUGCAUACUUAAACUAGAGAUGUAAGUGCUAGGCCAGAUUUUGAAAUAGUAGCAUCACCAGGAACACAAGGAAAUGUCUGUUUUAUCUUGCAAUACAAGGCAAUUUCAUAGUUCAAAGACUUACGUAGUACAGUUCUUACGCUACAGUGUAGUGAGGUAUCGAACCAUGUUUUGCAUUCCUAUUAAUUAAGCAUUUUCAUUCUGCUAGUGCCAUGAAAAUGCUUCUAAAUGAGUUUUGGGAAGUUUCCAUGGUUUAAGAUGUGACAAUAAUCCACAAACUUUUGGAAUAGAAUGAACCAUAUCUUUUCUUCCAAUAUUUAUUGCUGUACACUAUGAAGAAAUACAUUUCUACAGUAAUAAGCAUUUGAAAAACCUGCAGUGGUUUGUGUUUUUGCUAGCUCCUAUUUUUUAAAAAAGUUGAAUCAAGUGCUUACCUGCUUUCACUGUUUACACAGUGUUAGUGGGGAGAGUCUGGGCUUCAUUAGUAGCUGUCUAUCAAACCUGUUUCCUUUGCACACUGCGUAGUCAUAGCCUGAUGAUUAACAACAGAGGCAUGUUUCUAGCCAGAUUUCCUACUCUGUGGCCUCUGUUUCCUCCCUGGAAGGCCUGAGGCAUGUUUGCUGAGAAUUUUCUCCCCCAAUUCUAUCUUCACAAAGAAACCCCCUCCCUGCCUCCAAACUUGGGUACUAGAACCAUAAUGUAGGUAGUCUUCAGGCAUUUAAAGACUGAAAUUGUCAUUCCAGAACCCUACAGUUUUACUUAAACCUAGCAACAACUAUGUCUUUGACAUGUGGAGCUGCUGAGCAGUCCCCCUCCACCCAUUUGGAGCUGCUCAGAGCAGUUCCACAUCUACCUACCAAGUGGGAUAUCCAGAAACCACUGAUGUAAUAGGGUUUAUUUUAGGUACAAUCCAAAAGGCCAGGCCACCCUCAAGUUGUGUUUGCAUGUGUUUUGCUUUUAAAACAGCCAUUUUCUCUAGAGUAGCCUGAAGUGAACCAUAUUUGCAUAGAACAUGGGGACCUGUGUGUUCUUUCUUUGCCUGCAAGCAUUCAGUCCACGUCUCCCACCCUCUGGUUGUCAGUGGGCUAAAGGAACGAUUGGGACGAGUCCAGGCAGUCAUGAAGGUAGUCAUCCUCACUGGCUGAUCUGAGACUAGCUAGAGAGACAUCGUCUGUCUGUCCUGCUGUCUGUCUUCCGUGAAUCUUACAGUCCUCCCAUUUCAAUGGGACACACAGGAGAUAGUUGCCCUAAUUUUUCAGGUAGUAAUUUUUCCUCCCUAGACUAUUCCUGUUUUCAAGAUCAUCUGCUAGAGAAUUUAGGAUUCCCAUAAGAGAAUUUGAAUUCCUGUAAGCUGAGUAAGGACUGAACUGGGGCCUUGCAGUUGGUGUGUGUGUGUGUGUGUUCUCAGAUUUCGAUGGCUGUUUGAGAGUACAUUGGGACCACCACCUCUGGCUCUUCCUCAGGAAGCUUCAUGUAAAUCCUCCAAAAGCUUACACACAUAGGCUCCUGUACAUUGAGUUCUGAGUAGAUUGCAGGCCCCACCUCCUGGAUGGGUAAUGCAACGUAGAUUUACUACAAGUUGCUACAAUCAGUCAUGUUUUCUUUGGAACGCUUUUGCAAAUAGGCUCUGUGUUUUGGGUCACCAGUCUUAGAUGAGCUCGUCCAUGCACUGUACUGGGCAUCCAAACAUACUGGGCAGCCAACAGGUAAUUUGGGUUCUUCUCAGGGGUGCCACUUUUGUAAAGAGGCAUUGCUGUGCUGCCGCGCUCCCGCCCCAAACACACCACCACAUCGUACCUAAUAAUGAAAUGCCUAAAGCCUUCAUUGAACCUCAAACUAAAUCCCAAUUUAAAUAAAGAAAUGCUAUUAACAAAUGAAACUUAACUGUUUCUAUCUGCUAACUUUUUCUGUAAACUAGAAAUAUUAAUUGCAGCAAAAGCAUGUGUACAGAUUCUGUUUACACUUGAAACUAAGUCAAAAAAGUAAUUGGCAAAAUAAUAAUCCCGUUUGAUCAAAACUGGCACUGUUAAAGCAACAUGGGGAGGAUGUUAGUCAUACCCUAGUAAUGGCUAAAAAUGUGCAGUUGCUGAUGUCAAUUAUAUCCACAGAAAGUUUCUUUGUAAAUAAAUACCUGGUUAAAUUUAAAAUGAUAGAAGAAUAAAUUACUCACAUGAAAGCCAUACCUCUCCUGUGCUGUUUGAUUGGCUCUCAGAGUGCUGUAUCCCAGUAACCACUAUUCAUGAGUGGCUAUUGCUUUUCCUGAUUUACAUCAUGCAUUCCAUUGACUGCUCCAUAAAUCUGUUAACUUUCAUUAUCACAAAGCUUAACAGUGGUGCAGGUGCUCAGUGUCUGGACUGAUACGUAUGUUUUCUGCUGGAAUGAAUCCAGAUCUAGACACAAUCCUAUCUUUGGGCUUUUUGUUUUUUUUCCCGUAGCAUUGCUCCUGAGAAACUUAAGAAAGCACAAGAAGGGGAAACAGUAGUACUGUUGAGCAGUUGUAGUAAAAAAACAUAUUAAUUUUUCUUUUUUCUGCUGUUACUUUGUAAACUGGAUUUGCAUUGGUUUAGCAGAACAGCCCUGUUUGGCUACUUCCAGUAGUAUGAGUCUGAGUAGUAUUGUAGCAGAGUAUGUUUUUACCUCUUUCCUGCCUCAGCUCCUACUCUGAGAUAAUAUAGUGCAAGUUUGUAAUAGUUCCAUGCACUUACUACAUUGCUGGAACUAUUCUGACUUUGUAUUACUGCUACUAAAAGCAGAGACUGACACACAGGCUCAGUGAAAUUGUGUGCUCAGAGUAUGUGAUGACACACUUUUCAUUUGGUUUGGCCUACUGAAUGUUGAGAGCUGCUGGAAUGAACCCACUGGUAUUAGGAAUCAGCAGGAGUGCUGGUUUUGGCUAAGAUAAAGUUAAUUUUCUUCACAGGGGCUAUAUUUUGGAUUUGUGCUGAAAACAGUGAUGAUAAUAGAGAUGCUUUCAUCAUUGCUGAGCAAUGCUCACACACAGCCCAAGCCUUUUCUGCUCCUCACCCCACCUUACCAGCGAGGAGGCUGGUGGUGCACAAGGGCUUUGGAGGGGACACAUCUGGGACAGCUGACCCCAGCUGACCACAGGGAUAUUGCAGACCAUUUGUUGUAUGCUCAGCAUAUAAAGUUGGGGAAAAAAAGAAGGAAGGGAGGACAUUUGGAGCGAUGGACUUUGUCUUCCUAAGUCAUCUUAUGUGUGUUGGAGCGCUGCGUCCCUGGGGGUGGCUGAUCACCUACCUACCUGCCCAUGAGAAGCAGUGUAUAAAUUCCUUGUUCUGCUUUGCUUGCAGGUGCUGCUUUUGCUUUAGUUAUUAAACUGUCUUUAUUUCAACCCAGGAGUUUUCUCGCUUUCCCCCUUCUGAUUCUCUUCCCCCACAUCACUGGGAGGAAACUAACUUUUGUGAAUUACUCAAAAGGAAAGAAAUGGGAGUGAGGGAUAGGACAGAAGAGAUGAAUUCCGAGUCAAAAGUACCUACUGUAUAUCCAAUUGAAACAAAUAGCAGGGAAGGGAAACAACAGUUGGUACUUGAGACAGUGAUGACUAUAGGGCCAGUAUUUUUUCAACUGUUUCUUGAACAGGUUUUACCAAUUAUAUUGCUACUUAUUACCAUUUUACACCUGCAAUGCUUCUCAAAUCACUACGGUGUUUAAGCUACCUUUGCAGGAGUCUCUUGCUUUGUUUUCAAGUUGUAGUGGAUAAACCCUUGACAAAUCUGAACUAAUGAAAUACAAUGUCGAUGCUGCCACUUUCAACAGAUUAAUGCAAAUUCUUUAGGCGCUGUUCACAGUCAGGUGAAUUAUAUGUGUAACUGAUGUAUUAAUAGUUUCAUUUUUGAAGCAUAUAUAGGCAAAGCUUUUUAUGUACUCCCAAUUUAUGUUGAAUGAAAUAAAUACUUUAAAAAAGCUUAUGCUCCCCAUUAGGGAUUUCUGGGUAAUUGUUGUUUUUUCUUUGUUAUCCAUCCAAUCAGUAAGUGGUAUUAUAUUUUUUCUUAUAAAGCAAAGACAAAAUUAUGCAAAUUAUCAGACAGGUAAAUAUUUAGAAAAUGUUUCUAAGGCUAAGCAAAAAAGGAAUAUUUUUAUUUUACAGUGCCCUGGGUGUUUGGAACUUAAAAUAUUUUGCUGUGAAAGCAUUUUCCUAAAUGCAGAUUAGCAUAUACUCCACUUAACUUUUAUUUCCUUUUUUUUUUUUUUUUUUUUUUUUUUUUUUUUUUUUUUUUUUUUUUUUUUUUUUUUUUUUUUUGUUGUCAGUAUGUUAAAGUGCAUUAUUCAUUUAUUGACGUUACAUGUAGGUUUUUCCUACAUGUAGGAUACUCUCCUGUAUUAUGUCCCACAUGUCAGAUUUUUGUCUGGUGUAGAUUUACAGCAGCAUGAGUAAAAGCAGAAUCAAAUACAGUUUAAAUUCCCUACUUUGUCUCCUUAUUUUCUCAUCAGAUAUUUUGCUUGACAUGAGGCCAUAUGACCUGUUUGAAAACUUCAGUAUUCAUAGACUACAUGGGAUUGGACUUGCUGUAAUUUCUCUUACUUCCUUACCUUUUGCAAUAUGCAGGUUUUCUUACAUUUUCUUAAGAAGGGCUAAAUUCUGCUGCUGAUUGAGCCAGGGUAAAUCUGGAAUAGCUCAAUUAAACAGCUUAGGUUACCAGGUUGGUUUUUUUUUCCAUUUAGCCCCAGAGUUUUGAGUCUGUUAUAAAAUCACUGGGAACCUCCUUUGGAAAACAAAAAUAAAAGCUCUGAUUGAAUAAGACUCAAGCAGUAAGUCACUUGAAUGUGUUUUGGGUUUUUUUUUUUUCUUCACAAGAAUAUAAAUUUUUAGCUCUUAAUUUUUCUCUGUGUUGUGAACUACACAUUGGGAAGUUUCAUGGCAAUGAAGUUUAUCUCAAGCCUAUACUCCUGCUUGAUUCACUGAACAUUUUGCACCUACAUCUCUCAGGAUGCUUAGGCUCCAGGCUCAAGCUUCAGGUAUAGUCUGGUAAAUUAUGUGACUUGGUCCAAUAACUUGUGCCAUGGUUAAUUUUCCAGUUCUGAAAUGAUAAACCGAACAAUUGUAGCAUAAAAGAUUUGGGUUUCAAAGACCUCUCAAUCUGGGCAUACAAAAUCCCCCGUUGGUACCUAUUUCCAGGUAUAAUGCAUCACUUGUGUCUGUAUAUUCAAAAUUCACAAUAAUUUUUCAUAUAAAAACAUCUGUAAGCAGAUGGUGUUGGCCUGUAUUCCCCUGAAGGCAGAGAAGUCUUGCUGGAAAGACAAAUCUUCAGUUGCUAGACUGUGCAAACAGGGAAGUCACAUAUAGCUGUGAACUCCCAUGUCAUACUGAGUAAUUAUCAAGUGAGUAACAUCUCAUCAAACAUGAGUUUACAGCCUAUGGACAGAUGUACCUAUCACAGGUGGGGAUAAAGGAAACUCGAGUAGGUGUUAGGUGGGACUAUGCCUAGAAACAAACCCCAUUCCUGUUUCAGGAUUGCAUUGUCAAGGCAGCUGUCAAGAGGAGAAAGAAGUCCUGGGCUAAAUAACAGCAUGUGGCCAAAAGAAGGCUGGGAAGCAAUAAAUGUGGCAGUACCUGCAGGCUUGUUCUUAAAGUGAAUGUGAAGAGGAUCUCAUAAAUCCCAACUGGAGCAGCUGCUGGUGAGCAAGUUAAGGCAGAGGGAGAGGGGCAUGACUGUGCCUGGCAGCAGUGACACCUGCCUGGUGGGUCACUGGCAGUGAGCAGUGACCAGAAGGAGCUGAAUGAGCAUCCUCUGAAUGACAGCUGGCCUGAUGCAGAGUCCUUGGGAAGGAGAGAGAAAAUGAUACGUGCCUGGCUGUCCUGUGCCAUGCCCUUCACUGCUGUGCUCCCUGUGCUGGCGGUGCCAGUUCUCAAAUUCCCUGCUGAGCAGCUUAUAAUGGAGAGUCUUGCAGGUGAUGACUUUUUAUCCUCCUUUUAUUUUUAAAUUUCUUUUUUUGCCUUUUUUUUUCCUUUUGUUCUGCAGUCUUCUCUUUUUUUACCUUUCUCAUUAUCAUUUUUUUCCCUUUGUCUCUCUACUCAAACAUUUCAAUAUGUGACACAGGGAGUCUGUGAAUUUGGAAAUUUGGAAAUAUUACCUAUUGCAAAUCACUGAAACUCCUUUCCUCAGGAGGCAAACUUUCCUCCCAUAGCCUGAUAUUUUUUCCCUUCAUACAGCCCUAAAUUUUUAGAUGAAGUGUGGAAGACUUAAUGUAUCUGUUUUUUGGCAAAAUGGAACCAUGAGCAGUUCACUUCCUAAGGAAAUAGAGAAAGUUGUGAGCAAUUAAAUUAGUCAUAAUGGAGACUUAAGGCAAGAGUUCGACACCUUUUGUUAAACUGACCUGAGCUUUAAGUCACCUCAGAACUGCAGCUACAGGAAAAAGGAACUGCAGGAUUAAAGUAUUGACCAGCUAGGAGGUCUUGGAGGAAUAAAGUAAUAGCACAAACUGUGGCAGAAUAAAGUUAAUUCCCACAUCAUUUAGAUAACAGUGAUCUGGGACUAAUUUACUGACAAUUUGUUAGCAUUACUGAUGAAGGUUGUUCUUUUUUCCUGUGUCAUCACAAUCCCCAUCUCCAUGUCUCAUCCAGUUCUGUUCCCUGACCCGCUGAUUUGCAGUUCGCUGCACAUGUGAAAAAUCAUUGCAGAGUUUGACAGUAGAAGAUUUGUAGGAUUUUUUUUCUAUUCUGUACAGGAUCUAUCAUCCUCAAUGAUGGAUCAUUUGUCUCUCCUAUAUUUUUCUAGUUAAAGAAAAAUGUAGAAUGCUAGAACUAGAGAAAUAAAACCUGAGAUUAAACAUAACUUUAGUGAAUGCAGUUAAGGCAAAUAAAGUUUUUCCAUCAUUGUCAGUCUCUUUUUAGACCAUAAUUAAGUCCUAGAUAGGCAGAGAGUCGUCUUAAAAAUACAUUUUAAACUAUUAGAAAAAUGCAAAAUCAUGCAUGUCCAUGAGAGAGUUCCUUGGUUUGGAGCAGCAUGGUGUGAGAAAUUACAUGGGCUAAUUAAAAGAAGAUUAACCUCUUUGCUUUACAUUCCUACUGAAGUUCUCUGCUCCUGUGUAUCUACUGAAAGCAAAUGGUGAUUCUGACUGUGUGACUCAGUAACACACCUUGGAGGUGCAGUACUCUGUCACCCUAUUCUAAAACAAAUGGUGUAUUUCAAAAUACUUCCUGAAAGAAAAAUUGAAACACCCUAAUUAAUUAGCCCCCUUCAUACUUCCUUCUUAAGUGCUUCUUCAAGUAAUCCAGUGUUACUUAACUGUAGAUUCUGACUGUGUCUAAAUCUGGUUUGCCUUUGACAGAGUUGGAGUAUACAGGUAUGAUGGUAGUGCAUAUGGAAUGUUUGACAAGCCUGGUCAAUGCUGGCUCUUACUCAGCUGGCUGACACACUAAUGGGAAGGAGCCCAGCCUGUCAUUUAACUCAUCAUACCUGCUGUCAUUGCUACACCAGACUUUAUGAGCAGGUUGUUGGUGUACAGGUGUGUGUCAGAGUACCUGUCACUACAUAUGCCUAUAACAUGUUUUUAUCCCAGGCUAGCUAGGGCCAUUGUGCCUCCAGACAAGAAGAGGAAGUCUUUGCUCACCUCAUACUCUCUUGUAAGCAACAACUGGUAGGCCAUGGGGAGCAGAAUUUGUUCCUGCUCGCACUGCCUUCCUGACCAGACUGCUUGGCUCAGUGCCUGCAGAAGGGAGCAAAACUGUAUAUUCCCUGAGCAAAGGUGUAUAUUCCCUCUCCCAAAAACAAAAGAGGCACAGUGGCUCAGAUGUUAUUCCUUUGUAGGUCUCUGGGGAGAGCACACUUCCAGGCUUCCUCUUACUCAAAUUACAAGAUUGCCCUUCAUUCCCAAGAGCCAAGAAAAAAGCUCAGCUUAUAUGUGGUAAAAAAAAAAAACCUGUAAAAGUUAUUUUUGAAGGGGCAGUAAAAAAAUCAGGAUUUGCAGUGGCUAUCCUUGAUGCUGCUACUGUAUUUGAAACAGCUGGAGUGUAGGUCUCCUCAUCAGACCCAAGGGGCUUUCCUCUGCACAGUUUAAAUGUGAAGGGAUUCAGGCAAUAGGUUCACUUUCUCUGAACUCUCCCAGCUCUCUGGGAGCACUAAAAAAGGCAAAGGAGCCAGCUGAGUGACUGCAGUAGUUCAUCUUCCUCAGUGCUGCACAGGGAUUCUGCACUGCUGUGCUGUGAUGUGGGGAGAGAACAUGGGAGCAAAAAGGGGCUUGAGUGAAUCAUUCUUAGCGAAAAGUCACAGGUGCAGAUUACCUAGGAAAACAGUUCCCUGUUAAUGUUGACUCAUAUGCUUGCACAUAGUUGAAAAAAAGACAGAUAAUUCUAUGGACAAUGAAUGAUUAGUUCCUGCUGCUCUUGCAUUAGGAAGUAGAGACAUCAAGAAGACCUAGUUUUACUUCUGGGUCUGCUGUAAAAUUCCAUGUAUUACUGGGGAAACGCUCUUAAAGCUUCAGUUCUCUCCAAAGAGAAAAGUGGGGGUGGAGAGGGAGAGAAAGGUAGUUCAACCCAUUAGGUAUUAGAAAUAAGUUUGUGGUUUUUUCAUCAGUAAAGGACUUUGGGAAUAUUGACUAAUACUGUGGAAUGCAUUUUACUGUUUCAACAUUUUACUCCAUGUGAACAGAAUAUUUUCUUCCUGUGAACCUGACCAGAAUAAAAAGGAGUGAAACUGUU